ACACAUUUGCAUUAAAAGGACACCAAAAUUACAAGCUGCCUUGCUUUAACAUAAUGGCUCCAAUAAAUCUUCUUUCUUCAAUGCUUUUUGUGUCCUUAUGUAUUAAUUUUCUCCGUUAUUCUUGGUUUAAUCCAACCGAACUCUCCUCCAGUGCAGAAACUGUAAGAGAUAGGAAAAAUAGUUCUAUUAAAGGGAUGUUUGUGUUUGGGAGCUCCUUAGUUGACAAUGGUAACAAUAAAUUUCUUAAAACAUUAGCCAAAGCUGAUUACUUGCCUUAUGGCAUGGAUUUUCCACUUGGCCCUUCCGGGAGGUAUACUAAUGGCGAAAACAUUAUCGAUAUUCUUGGAAAAUUGCUUGAUAUUCCAGCAUUCAUACCAGCUUUCUUUAAUCCAGCUACAAAGGAAAAUCAUACAGCUGUUGGUGUUGACUAUGCAUGCGGGGGCUCUGGGAUCCUAGAUGAGACUGGCUCCAUAGCGGGAGGAGUUCUGAGUUUGAAUGAGCAAAUCAAGAAAUUUGAGGAUGUAACAUUGCCGCAGUUGCAGAAUCAGGGGAAGAACAGAAGCAAAGAGGAAUUAUCCAAGUACUUGUUUGUGAUUGGAAGCGGAGGAAACGACUAUACUUUGAAUUACUUCCUAAACAGAUCAAAAUCUAAUGUCAGUGUUCAUGAAUUCACUGACAAUCUGACAACCACCCUCUCUUCUCAACUUAAGAAAUUGUACAGUUUGGGGGCAAAGAAGUUUGUACUUAUGUCUUUGUAUCCUCUCGGCUGCACUCCUCGAAGCAUUGCUGCACAACCAAAGAGGAAGGGCUGCGAUAAAUCCCUUAAUGAUGCUGCAUUGUUAUUCAAUGCCAACUUAGAAUCCUUGGUAAAAGGCAUUAGGCCACAAAAGCCUAGUCCUAACUUUGUUAUGGUCAAUGCAUACAACAUUAUGCAAGAAAUAAUCAGGGACCCUGUUUUAUAUGGUUUCAGUGAUGCAACGAAACCUUGUUGCCAAGUACCGAGGAGGAGAGAAGGGGGAAAUGGGAUUUCAUGCCAGAAAGGAGGUACGACGUGUGAAGACAGGAACAAGUAUGUGUAUUUUGAUGCCUUACAUCCAACGGAAGCUGUGAAUGUUGAAUUAGCUACGAAGGCUUUCAGUUCAGAUUCCAUUAAUGAUGUUUAUCCCUUCAAUAUUAGAAAACUCGCUCAAAUUUAGGGUUCAUAUUCGGUAAAAUUUGUAGGUAAUAUUACAAUUUCAGAAUUUGAUGUCAUGCUAGUUGAUCUAAAACUUUGUAU